AUGGCCUCACAACGUAUUGAUAUGGUUAUUGGGAUAGAUGUGGGCAUGAGUGGUACGGCCGUGGCCUAUAGCAAUCUUGCCAAAGCUAGACACCUCGAUGCUCCUGUAAUGGAGUUCAAAAACUGGGAAAACAGAGACGAGGAAGGAAAGGUUCCUACGCAGCUGAUUUAUGACAGAGAAGACAUCGACCGGGGCCCUAUCGCGUGGGGUUUUACCAAGCAGGAUCAACCAGAAUAUCCUAGCAACCACGUAUAUGCCAAAUGGUUCAAAAUUGACUUUGGUCACUCUUCACCUUACACCAUCCAACAACAUCCGACCAGAAAAGAUCUGCCAUCGGCUGAUACUUGCUAUGAACACUUUCUCUCCAGACUCUAUAGUCAUAUAGAGAAAAAACUCAGUGCCUCAGAGUUAAAACCGAUGAAUAAGACCUGGAAGGAUGCGUCAAUAGAGUUCAUCUUUAGCUUCCCGGCUACCUGGGAUAGGGCAACAGUCGAGAAACUCAAAGGCCUUGCGAAAAAAGCUGGUUUCGGAGAUCAUCCAAAACACAGAUUGACUGCUUCUCUUAGUGAGCCUGAAGCAGUUGCCGUAUUCUCAGUCUUGGAGGAUAAAAUUGAACUCCAGAAUGACAACACCUUGCUGGUUGUGGAUGCUGGGGGUGGCACAAUAGACAUUUGUCUCUCUAAGGUAAAGAUAUUGGGAGAAAACGAUAUUCGAUUGGCUGAGUUGAAACCAAACAUUGGUGAGGACGCUGGUUCCACAUACAUCGAUAGCCAAUUCCAGGAACUGGCACUCGAAGCACUGGAAAUUUUAAAGAAGGCUGGCCAUGAGCUACCGGGCGGCGACCCGUUAGAGCUAGCUUGGAGAAUGAUGAAUGGUGAAGAAUUUCAAAACUGCAAACAUAGUUGCAAUGGCCUUUUUGCCGAUGAUGACGUUUUCCUUGUGGGAAUACCUGGAUUGAACGGAAAUGUCUCAGUUGAAGAAGCUAACAUCAUGAAUGGGGAGUUACGCGUUAAAUGGUAUGCCCCUUUUGUGACCAUCUAUGCGAUACUGGGUACAUCUUACUUACUUUAA